GGAGGCGCGGCCGCGAGUAGAAAAACCAGAUCGCGCUCGCCCUAGCCGACCGCUGCCCCGGCCCCCACCAGACUCCAGAGCAGAGGCCGCCACACCCUCUCGUCCCCUCCCUGCCCACCUCUCUCCUCCGCUCCCCUCGGCGCGGCGCGGAAGGAGGCCAAGGAGAAGGAAGAGGAGGCUUCGAGAUUUUCGCGGAACCCCCACGCCACCGCCCACCGCCCUCUCUCCACCACCACCACCGCCCCCUCCCCCUCUUAGCCUGCGUCCCGUGUAGGGUUUCCGCUUCGCCCCCCCUUUUCCACUCCAAUCCCAGCCAGACACACCACCCGCCCCGUCCUCCCGCUGCCGCAUUCGGAGCUCUGCAUCUGCCUGCAGCCGAGUCGCCCAAUCGCCGCCCGCGCCGCCCCGAGGAGCCUUCGUGCCGGUGUGGGGAUUUCGGUUUCCCACUGUUGCUGCUGGUUUGUGUUGGGGAUCUGGGAGGGGUGUUUUGUUUUGGAGCGGUUGUUGUUUCUCGCGAUUUGGGUGUGAUUAUCCGGGUCGAUUGGAUGUUGGUGAUGUCGGGUGAUUAGAUUCGUUGUCUGACUGGGGGAGGGGAUUCGGUUUAGUUUUUUUGGGCCCCCUAGUUUCUCUGCUAUUGGAUUGGAUUGGGAUCCAUGAUCGAGAUUGCUCCGUGAAGUUUUUGGUCCUAGGGAUUGUGUUGUUUUUGAUCGGCCCGGACCAGGAAUAGAGGGUUCUCUUUGAGGAGAUCUAGGGCCGCGUGUUCUAUCGUCCUCUGUAGAUAUAUUUCUGAAAAGAAAAAAAAAGUGAAAAUAGAAAAAAAAAGAGAGAGAAGCAGUAGAAGGGAGUUUGGAGGGCAUGGCGCUGAAUUGCUCGUCGCGCUCGCUCCUGGUGACCGAUGAUUGUGCCGGCAUGAUGCUUGGGUGUGGGUGUCGGUCGGAGGAGGCUUCCCCGCUGUCAUCCUGUGGGGUGAAUUCGCAGUGGUUGGAUGAGCUGGAGCUGGAGGUGGAGGAGGAGUCUGACCCCGUGGAUCUCUUACCCACGGACCCCUUUGGGAUGAACCUGGAGACCUCAUUCACUGCGGCGAUCGCCAGUUGCAUCGAGGAUCUCACAGUCAUGUCCGGUGCUGGGCAUUUUGGAAAUGGCGGUGAUGAUGAUUUAUUCGCCGACCUGAGUUACUACUUGAAUCAAGCUUUUGUGUUUGCUCCGGAGCCGUGGAUUGGUGGCUAUACUGGUGGUGUUUUGGAGGGCUCCUUUGGGUCUGGAGGCCUCUCUGGUAGUGGAGGUGUCAACCAAUUUUCACGGUUGCCUCUUAAUGAAUCCUGCUCAGAGCCUACUGGGUCCAUGGAGGAUCCAUCUAGCUCUUGCGAGGCAACUUUGGCAUGCUGUGAUACAGUUGAUGCUGCUCCUGUCCAGGGGGGAAAUGAUGCACAUGAAGGAAUGGUGUAUGUUCUAGGCUAUCUUGGCUUAUGUGACAUCCUCUCUGUCGAGAUGGUGUGCAAGUCAAUGCGUUCAGCUGUUCGGAACGAACCAUUUUUGUGGAAAUGCCUCCAUAUUGAUACGCACUUGGGCAAGAAGAUUUCUGAUGUUGAUCUUCUGCGCCUCACACAAAAGUCCCCGGGUUCUUUGCAGUGCCUAAGUCUGGAGGGCUGCGAGAACAUCACUGAUCAGGGAUUGAAGGCUGUUUUAGAAAGUAAUCUACAGUUGUCAAAGUUGGGCAUUUUUGGCGCAUUCCGGAUAACUUGCCAAGGUCUUCUUGACAAUCUGAGGUCAUUUAAUAUGGUAGCAGAUACUGGUAUUAAAAAACUCCGAGUUGCAAACCGCUUCACUGCAUCAGAAGCGCAAUAUGAGGAGUUAUUGUCCUUGCUGCAAAUAGACAAGGGGCAGGCAUUGCAUAAACAGGAGCCACGUAUCUUUCAUGCUGAUUGUUAUCUACCAGAUCUUCAGGGUGGAUAUGUUCCUGAUUGUUUCAUACCAGAUCUUCAUGAUGAAUAUGCUCUUGAUAUUGAGAAAUGCCCUCGUUGUCCGAAUUACAAGCUUGUUUUUGAUUGCCCAUUAGAGGAAUGCAAUAUCAGGGGAUCUGCUUGCCGAGGGUGCGCUGUUUGUAUCAGAAGAUGUAUGCAGUGUGGGAGAUGUGUAGACAACGAGUUUCACGAGACAUUUCUUUUGGAGAACAUCUGCCGUAUCUGUCAGCCUAUUGAUCCGCCGCAUGCAGAUUCACCUCCUUGUGAAAAAUAGAUGUUCUCUUUUAUCCAUCGGAUGGAUACAGUCCUAACAUAGCAUUUCUUUCGUUGAUGCCCCCAUCCAUGUGGGGCAACCUGACAAUAUUUCUAACAAGGAAAAGAACAAAAAGAAAGAUACAGUUUGCUAUCAGUGGAAGUGCAGCAGAUGGUAUAGUGAAAAAAGAGAAAAAAAAUAAAAAAACCAGAAAAACACAAAAGUGGAAGGAUGGAUUUGCUAUUGAACUGUGAGCAGUGGGUAGUGCUAAACUGACAAUGGAGGAAUGUUUCCCUUAGGAAUUUGAAGUGCUCAGGAGUGUGGAAGUAUUGCCUGUAAGAUUGUUCCAGUGGGCUGCUUGUUCUUGGAACUUCAGAUAGAAGUUGCAAAUUUGCUUUUGGCAGCCCCCAAAGUAAAACCUGAUGUACCUUCCUGUGUACUUUGUAUCUGAUGACAAAUGUACCUAGUAGCCGACUGGGAUGUGGAAGCAUGGCUCCAUCUGACUUGUGUACCAGCUACAUUUGAAUAAAUAAAAAUUGACUUCUAACUUA